AUGGUUCAACAGCUUAGAAACGACCCUAGAUAUGUAGAGUCCCAUUAUUUUGAUGCUAUUCCUGCGUACCAUCAAGAUGUGAUGGUAACAUCUGGAAAGCUUUCGGGAAGGGGGUUGAUAACGGUGGAACCACUGGUCUUUACUUCUAAAGCAUCUAGUAGUGCUGAGGAUGGUCAAGAGAUGUACGUCUUCUAUCACGUCGGUGACCGUAUAAUGCACCAUCAGCGAGAUUCUGUUCAUACAGGGUUGUUGGCAACCCUAAUGGAUGAAGGACUUUCUCGCUGCGCGUUUAGUCGUCUGCCUAGCAAAUAUGGGGUUACAGCGAGCCUUGAGCUCGACUACAAGGCUCCCUUGCCGGCGAACUCUUAUAUUGUUUUACGAGCUAAGAAUACCGAUGCUAAACAACGAAAGUCCUGGGCUCAGGGGUCUCUGGAAGUCCUCGAUUCAAGUUGCACAUUGGAAAAGCAUGGUGAAGUCAUUGUAGAGGGAAGCGUUCUGAUGAUUGAACCCAAAUGGGCGAAGUACAUAGUAUGGCUGUUUAAUUGA